AUGGCGGAAGGAGGAAAGGAAUAUGCGUCUACAGAUCUUGAGGCCGCUGCCCACCAAGAGGUACCUUCUGAGCCAGUCGCCGCGGACCCACUCCAUACCUUUGCCACCGAUACCGAGUCCACGAUCUCCGAGAUUGAAAAACAGGAGUAUGACGAGAAGCGUAGAGAGAAGGAAGGUACAGAGAUACCUCAUGCCAGAAGAACUCUCACUACAACAACCACGACCUCCACAUUGACAGUGGAAUCUGCUGCCCCCGUCACACGGGAUCACAAAUCAUGGUACAAACGCCUCAACCCUCUGAAGCGGUCAGCGAAGCCGAGUAUUCCAAAGGAAAGGACGGUGUCCAGGGAAUACACAGCCACUUUCUUAAGUUUAGCGACCUUUCAAUGGAUGGCACCUUUGAUGUCGAAAGGCUACCAGCGGCCGCUGGAGCUUAACGACAUCUGGCUUGUGAACCCCAACCGCAGUGCGGAAGUUCUCUCAGCAACAUUAAAUGCCUCGUUUCGAAGACGAGUGGAAAGGGGAGACCGCUAUCCCCUUCUCUGGGCGUUGCAUGAAACCUUCCAAUUCGAAAUAUGGCUAGGAGGCGUGUGUCAGCUCCUAUCCAGUAUAUUGCAGGUGCUAUCUCCAUUCGUUUUGCGCUAUCUUAUCUCCUUUGCUGCCAAAGCAUACGUUGCCCAACAAGCGCACACAGCGGCCCCCCAUAUUGCCAACGGUAUUGGUCUUGUCAUUGGAAUUUCUUUCAUGCAGGUCGCUCAAUCGUUCGGGACCAACCAUUUCAUAUAUCGAGGCCAAAUGGUCGGUGGACAAUCAAGAGCAGUGUUAAUUGAGACUAUAUUUGAGAAAGCAAUGAAGAUUUCGGGUCGAGCAAAGGCCGGUGGUCGAGCAAUUCAAGACAUUCAACAUCAAGAAUCUACGGAUGGUAUAAAGAAGACGCCUGAUGACAAAAUGAAUAUCUUCAUGCGAAUGUUCAGAGGUCGAAGUUCAACCAAAUCUGGCCCGAAAGGCACGCCUGACAAUGCAGCUGGUGUUGCUGGUGAUGGGCAGGGUUGGGGUAAUGGGAAGAUAGUCAACCUAAUGUCGACAGACACAUAUCGGGUGGACCAAGCUUGUGGCAUGAUGCACAUGAUUUGGACCAGUCCCAUCGCCAUACUAAUCACUCUGGCCGUCCUCCUUGUGAAUUUGACGUAUUCAGCCCUUGCUGGGUUUUCGCUACUUGUCAUCGGUAUACCGCUGCUGACAGAGGCCAUCAAAAGCCUGUUUAGGCGAAGACGAAACAUCAAUAAAAUCACGGACCAGCGAGUGUCACUGACACAAGAAAUCCUUCAGUCCGUCCGAUUUGUCAAGUAUUUCGGAUGGGAGAGCGCAUUUCUAGAUCGCAUUAACUCAAUCCGGAAACGCGAAAUCAGGGCCAUUCAAGUCCUACUUACAAUUCGAAACGCUAUCAAUGCUGUCUCAAUGUCGCUUCCUAUCUUUGCUUCCAUGCUCAGCUUUAUCACUUACAGCCUGUCGAAGCACGUCCUUGAUCCUGCACCAAUUUUUUCUUCUCUAGCCCUUUUUAACUCACUCCGCAUGCCACUCAAUCUUCUUCCACUUGUGAUUGGGCAGGUCACCGAUGCAUGGGCAUCUUUGGGCAGAAUUCAGGACUUUCUAAUUGCUGAGGAACAGCAUGAUGAUUUUACUUGGGAGAUGGAUGGUAAGUCCGCCGUUUCGAUGGAUCGUGCAGACUUCACAUGGGAGCGAACCGUUAGCCAAGAAGAAGACAAGAGCAAGAGCAGGCAAAUUAAAGACAUCAAGUCAGCAGCCAAAUCGAAGGAGAAACCUAAGACGAGCAGCCUGACGGAUACUGUGGACACUCAUAGCAAUGCCACUCAACGUGAGCCUUUUAAAUUGCAUGACAUGCAAUUUUCAGUCGGCCGUAAUGAAUUGAUCGCAGUCAUUGGUGGAGUUGGCUCAGGGAAAAGCUCUCUGUUGGCAGCUCUCGCUGGUGACAUGCGACGGACUAGAGGGAAUGUUAUGAUGGGUGCCAGUCGGGCCUUUUGUCCACAGUAUGCCUGGAUCCAAAACGCGUCUUUCAAAGAGAACAUCGUGUUUGGGAAGGACUUUGACCGUCGAUGGUAUGACGCUGUAAUAGACGCUUGUGCUCUACGGCCAGAUAUUGACAUGCUACCCUAUGGCGAUCUCACAGAGAUUGGAGAGCGAGGCAUUACGGUUUCUGGAGGUCAGAAACAACGACUGAACAUUGCAAGAGCUAUAUAUUUCAACAGUGAUCUCAUCCUUAUGGACGACCCACUUUCAGCUGUUGACGCUCACGUUGGACGACACAUUUUUGACGAGGCUAUCUGUGGUCUACUGAAAGACAAGUGUCGGAUUCUGGCCACUCAUCAAUUGCACGUUCUGAGGCGUUGUGACAGAAUUAUUGUGAUGCAGGAAGGUCACAUCGAAGCUCUCGAUACCUUUGAUAAUCUAAUGAAGGGUAGUGAAAGCUUUCAGAGACUCAUGGCUACGACUGCGCAAGAAGAAAAGGUAGAGGAAAAUGUCAAAACGGACAAGGAAGUGCUCAUUGACGAACCCAAGAAAAAGAAGACCUCAAAGCGCGGUGCUGCGCUCAUGCAGCAGGAAGAACGAGCCGUAAAAGCAGUACCAUGGAGUAUCUACCAAGCAUAUGUUGCUGCGAGCGGGUCUAUCUGGUAUGGUCCACUUACACUCUUCUUCUUGAUUCUAUCUCAAGGCUCCAAUAUCGCCACUAGCCUCUGGCUCUCGUGGUGGACUUCCAACAAAUUUGGCUUCUCCAGGGGACAGUACAUUGGCGCAUAUGCUGGGCUUGGAGUUAUGCAAGCUUUGUUGAUGUUCAUGUUCUCUGUGACUCUUUCCGUAUUAGGCACGAGGUCGUCACGAGUACUUCUCAAACGGGCAAUGUCCCGAGUCAUGAGAGCUCCGAUGAGCUUCUUCGACACUACGCCUUUGGGGCGAAUCACUAAUCGCUUUUCGAAGGACGUUGACAUCAUGGACAACAAUCUUACAGACGCGAUGCGAAUGUAUCUCUUCACACUGGCCAUGAUUGUAUCCGUUUUCAUCCUCAUCAUCACUUAUUUUCACUAUUUUGCGAUCGCUUUAGGCCCCCUUUUCCUCAUGUUUCUCUUCUCUGCAUCCUACUACAGAGCGUCUGCUCGAGAGGUCAAACGGCAUGAGGCCGUACUCCGCUCUGAGGUAUUCUCUCGAUUCGGCGAAGCAGUGUCUGGUACCUCGAGCAUCCGCGCCUACGGUCUUCAGCAACACUUCAUCGAAACAGUAAAGAAGGCCAUUGAUCAAAUGGAUUCGGCAUAUUAUCUCACAUUUUCAAAUCAAAGAUGGUUGGCAGUUCGAUUAGAUGCGAUUGGCAACAUUCUCGUAUUCACAACCGGUAUUUUAGUUGUGACUUCACGAUUCAGCGUCAAUCCCAGCAUUGGAGGCCUAGUCCUCUCAUACAUUCUCUCAAUUGUUCAAAUGAUUCAAUUCACGGUCCGUCAACUUGCCGAAGUUGAAAACGCGAUGAAUGCGACUGAGCGCAUCCAUUACUAUGGCAACCAACUGGAGGAAGAGGCACCACUUGUGCUCAAAGAUGUUCCCGACCGUUGGCCCGAGAAGGGCGAGAUUGUCUUCAAUGAAGUCCAGAUGCGUUACCGCGAAGGUCUACCAAUGGUGCUUCAAGGUCUCAACAUGACCGUUGCUGGGGGUGAAAGGAUUGGCAUUGUCGGACGGACUGGCGCUGGAAAGUCAAGCAUUAUGUCGACCUUGUUCCGGAUCAUCGAGCUAUGUGGGGGAAACAUCAACAUCGACGGCAUCAAUAUCAACACCAUUGGUCUCAAGGACCUCCGAACUCGCCUAGCAAUAGUACCCCAGGACCCGACGCUUUUCCGAGGUACAAUUCGAUCCAACCUCGAUCCCUUCGACGAGCAUUCCGAUCUUGAGCUUUGGUCAGCCUUACGACAGGCAGAUCUUGUGGAAGACAACGCGCAGGUGGACGAUAGGCAUCCUGGACGGAUCCACCUGGACGCCGUAGUGGAGGAAGAGGGCCUCAACUAUUCUCUUGGCCAGCGCCAACUUAUGGCCUUGGCUCGUGCUCUGGUCCGAGGAUCACGUAUCGUUGUCUGUGAUGAGGCAACGAGCAGCGUAGACAUGGAAACGGAUCAAAAGAUUCAAAGAACGAUGGCGCUAGCUUUCAAGGGUAAGACACUGCUAUGCAUUGCCCACCGGCUGAAGACAAUCAUUGGGUACGACAGAAUCUGCGUGAUGGAUCAGGGCAGAAUCGUGGAGCUUGAUACACCAUUAGCUCUCUGGAAAGAUGGUGGCAUAUUCCGGGGCAUGUGCGAACAGAGUGGUAUUCGUAGGGAAGACUUUGACCGAGCAAGUAUGGCAUGA